UUAAAUUAAUUUUAGUGAGAACAGCAGUAGAAAAUAAUCUAUAUCCCUUGGCUCUUUUGCAGGUUGACAAAGUUAAUGAUUACAAUCUCCUAGAUUUUCCACUACAGUAUUUCCAGGGAGUCUAUUUGCCUUGAUUGAUGAUAUUAUUUUAUCUCUUUUGGGCCAAUGAUGACUGUUCCUUGCUCCUGUGUAGAGAUUAAUAAUUGAUUAGUUCAUAGUCAAAAAUCUUAGUUAAAGGGAACAGAUCACUUUUGGCUACCAUCUUUUACAUAGUAACCUACAGGAGACAAGAGGUGCUGCAGGACUCCUGGUAGAAAAAUGAAGAGGGUCCUGGUUCUUCUGUUUGCUGUAGCAUUUGGGCAUGCUCUAGAGAGAGGUCGAGAUUAUGAAAAGGAUAAGGUCUGCAAGGAAUUCACCAAUCUGGGAAAGGAUGACUUUACAUCUUUGUCACUAGUCCAAUAUAGCAGAAAAUUUCCCAGUGGCACAUUUGAACAAGUCAGUCAGCUUGUGAAUGAAGUUGUCUCCUUGACAGAAACCUGCUGUGCAGAAGGGGCUGACCCUGACUGCUACGACACCAGGACAUCAGCACUGUCUGCCAAGUCCUGUGAAAAUGACUCUCCAUUCCCAGUUCACCCAGGCACUGCUGAGUGCUGUACCAAAGAGGGCCUUGAAAAGAAACUAUGUAUGGCUGCCCUGAAGCACAGACCCCAAGAAUUUCCAACUUAUGUGGAGCCAACAAAUGAUGAAAUCUGUGAGGCAUUCAGGAAAAGUCCAAAGGGAUUUGCUGACCAAUUUAUGUAUGAAUAUUCUAGUAAUUAUGGGCAAGCUCCUCUGCCUCUUUUAGUCAGUUACACCAAGAGUUACCUCUCCAUGGUGGGGUCCUGUUGUACUUCCACAAGCCCAACAGUAUGCUUUUUGAAAGAGAGACUCCAGAUGAAGCAUUUAUCACUGCUCACCACUAUGUCAAAUAGAGUCUGUUCACAAUAUGUUGCUUAUGGAAAGGAGAAAUCAAGACUCAGCCAGCUCAUAAAAUUAGCCCAAAAAGUGCCUACUGCUGAUCUAGAAGAUGUUUUGCCACUAGCAGAAGAUCUUACUAACAUCCUCUCCAAAUGCUGUGAGUCUACCUCUGAGGAUUGCAUGGCCAAGGAGCUGCCUGAAUACACAGUAAAAAUCUGUGACAACUUAUCCACAAAGAAUUCUAAGUUUGAAGACUGCUGUCAAGAAAAAACACCCAUGGACAUUUUUGUGUGCACUUACUUUAUGCCAGCUGCCCAACCACCUGAGCUUCCAGACGUUGAAUUGCCCACAAAUAAAGAUGUGUGUGAACAAGGAAACACCAAAGCCAGGGAUCAGUAUGCAUUUGAACUAAGUAGAAGGACUCAUCUUCCAGAAGUAUUCCUCAGUAAAGUACUGGAGCCAACCCUAAAAAGCCUUGGUGAAUGCUGCACUGUUGAAGACUCUGCUACCUGUUUUAAUGCUAAGGGUCCUCUUCUAAAGAAAGAACUAUCUUCUUUCAUUAACAAGGGGCAAGAACUAUGUGAAGAUUAUUCAGAAAAUACAUUCACUGAAUACAAGAAAAAAUUGGCAGAACGACUAAAAGCCAAAUUACCUGAUGCCACAACCGCCGAACUGACAGAGCUGGUUAACAAACGCUCAGACUUUGCCUCCAAGUGCUGUUCUAUAAAUUCACCUCCUCUUUACUGCGAUUCCGAGAUUGAUGCUGAAAUGAAAAAUGCCUUGUAGUCCUGAUGCAUGUGUAUUGUCUUUGACCUAGAGCUGGAAUCACCCUGGGGAAUGACCUCUCAUAGACUAACCUAAACAAAACUACUAAGUUUCUGGAGAAACAAAUAAGAUACUCCUACUUUUCUAGCUAUGUUGUCUUUAUAUAAUGAUUUGCUAUCACAAUAAAUUGAAAUACAAUGCUAAUCAUAAA